AUGAUGUCCAUAAGCCUCUGUCUGCUCUAUUUUCUGCACUACACCUGUGCGGCCGCACUGGAGGAGGCAGCACCUGUUCCGGUCAAUGACACAGCCGGCAACGACACCGUACCGGAGCCACGCUUCUCCCCGUUUUCCGUACGCGACGAUAGAUUCGCCUUAGCCACCUUUGCCAAGGUGAACUGGUUUCAGGCGCAGGCCAUUUGUGCAUCCCAGGGUAUGACUCUCGUAAGCAUUAGCGCAGAGAGGGAUCAGCAAGUUCUGCGCAACUUCUUGUACAUCAGGGCUAACACGCUCUUACAUUUGUUGAAUGAGCUGAUUUGGACUUCGGGCACAGACUUAGCUGAAGAGAAUACCUGGACUUGGUUCAGCAAUGGUCGUUCCUUCUCCUAUCGCAAUUUCCAAAGUGGUGCACCUAAAAGUUCCACGGGCGCCGAACGCUGCCUGGGCUACAAUGGUGUGACAAGUCUGUGGCAAAAUGUGGACUGUCAGGAGCAACAUUACUUCAUUUGUGAGAGACGUUGUGCUAUAUUCCCUGAAGACAAUGCCUUUUACUAACUUAUACCGCUACGCUAGCAGAGAAAUUAUUAUUAUGCUAAAUUUAUAAUUUUACAAUAUCUUCAUUGGUGCUGGUCUGCAAAAUAAUUCAAAACAAGAAAAUUGCGCUAGAAAAUUGACUCUACUGUGUGAUAUGAACUUCUAGAAUGUGUUUCACAUUUCCGUUAGCAGUUACAUAGAAACGAGCGAUUGUCUAUAGCACAAAAAGCUUUUGCAAAGC